AUGAUGGUUGAAGCUAUCGGACAAUUUGGUCCAGGAGUUACACCCCCUACUCAAUACCAACUUCGGGGGCGUUUACUAAAGGAAGAGGUUGAGAGGAUUGAUGGUUUGCUAAAACCACGUGGAGAAGAGUGGAAGAAGCAUGGGUGCACCGUUAUGACGGAUGCUUGGACAGAUCGUAAGAGAAGAAGUAUCAUGAAUUUGUGCAUCAAUUCUAAAGGAGGUACUAUGUUCCACUCUUCUAAAGAUUGUUCCAAUGAGGCUCAUACAGGUGAAUAUAUUUUUGAGUAUGUCAAAGGAUGCAUUGAAGAUAUUGGGGAGGAGAAUGUUGUUCAAGUGGUAACAGAUAAUGCUACUAACAAUAUGGCUGCAUCAAAAAUGUUGAAACAGAUCAAGCCUAGUAUAUUUUGGACAUCUUGUGCUACUCACUCCAUCAAUUUAAUGCUUGAAAGCAUUUCAAGACUCCCAAAGUUUAAAGAGACAAUCCAAGCAGCGAAAAAAAUCACAAUCUUCAUUUAUGCUCAUCACAAGACGUUAGCGUUGAUGAGAUCAUUCACAGAAAAGAGAGACAUCGUAAGGCCAGGAGUUACUAGAUUUGCAUCAUCAUUUCUUACUUUGCAAAGUCUCUUGGAGAAAAGAGAUAAGUUAACAUCCAUGUUUUCUAGCAGUGAGUGGAGAAAAUGCAUAUGGUCGAAACAUUCAAAAGGAAUAUUGGCAUUUAACACGGUGAUGAGUGUUAAAUUUUGGAAUGGGGUGAUGAUGUGUUUGAAUGUUUUUGGACCAUUAGUUAAGGUGCUUCGACUUGUUGAUGGAGAUAAGAAACCCACAAUGGGUUUUUUUGCAUGGAGAGUUGAUAGAAGCAAAGAUAGAGAUAAGUGUCGGAUUGAAACAUGUGGAGAAAAAUGUUGCACCGAUAUUGAAGAUCAUUGA